AUGGGUGCCGCCGACAUCGUCAACGUCGACAAGCAGCUCGCAUUUUAUGGCGCCUACCACUCCAACAAGAUUAAUGUCCUCAUCCACAUCGUCUGCGUGCCCUUGAUCAUGUGGUCCUUCCAGGCCCUCGUUGCCCCGCUGCCAUUGCCGUCCUUUGUGCCAACUUACCAUUAUGUUCUCAACAAAUACCUUGUCUUUGACGUCAACUGGGCCUCCAUAAUGGCUGCCAUCUAUCUCGCGUAUUAUUUCCUGUUGGAACCCACCGCUGCUCUCCUAUACACCCCGCAGAUGCUUGUUACCUUGCUUACGGCUACCGCUUACUCCUAUAAGCCGGAUCAUGUCUCUGUAGCUGGUGCCGUCCAUGCGAUUUGCUGGAUCGCUCAGUUCAUAGGACAUGGGUUUGCUGAAGGGCGGGCGCCAGCUCUGCUCGACAACCUCCUUGGAGCGGUUGUCCUUGCUCCAUUCUUCGUACAUCUCGAACUUCUCUUCGGGCUGGGAUAUCGUCCUGACAUGCACAAGCGUAUCAACAACCUUGUGGGCGUCGAGAUUACCAAGAUUCGCAAAGAGAAAGGCGACGAGCGGCGCAAGGCUCAAUGA